AUGAAUUCAAUAUUGGUAAAUACGCAAUAUUGUCUUUCUUUUUCUAAGGAAUCUAUCAACGUCUCCCAGGAAAAAUAUACACAGGAAAAGAAUGUGGUCAUUCAUCCCAGCAAGAACAUUUGCUCUACAUCCUGUGCGGAAUUUGCUGAAGUUCCCGGGGAGGAAGUUAAGGUUACUAUGGAUGAUAAGCGCUACCUGAAAGAACUGAGCGAAAUCAGUCAGUUUUAUCAGAAGUUCCCCCAAUAUAUCCAGUCUCUAUAUCAAGGUCCAAUUGUCAUGAACCCAUGGGGUCAGGUUAAGAGAAUUGUCAAGCCCUUUAUUCCCACUGUGAGCGGAGCGCAGGUCUUCACCAGUGAGGAAAAUCAAAAGGAGACUGUUGAUAUGGAAUCAACAGAAAUAUUCACUAAGAAAAAUACAUUAACUGAAGAAGAAAAGAACCGCCUAAAAUUUCUGUACAAAAUCAACCAAUAUUAUCAGAAAUUCACCUGGCCCCAGUAUCUCACGACUAUUUCUCAGUAUCAGAAAACUAUGAAGCCAUGGUAUCAUUUUAAGACAAAUGUUACCCCCUAUCUGUCAAUUCCUAUAGCCAUUCUUGAAGUUGGGUCAGCAUAG